AUUUUGUUUAGAAUUGAGUUUUAUAUGUAUGAUUGUGUUGUGUUUGUAUAUAUGUUUGUGUGUAUUAAACUAUGAAUCUUUUCCUUUGUUUGUUUCUUGAGAAAAAAGGGAGAGUUUCAGGUGUUGGAAUUAGGAAUUUUCAAGAGGUUGGACCAUUAGAUACAAGCUUAAAUUCAAGGAAUUCAACUUGGUUACAAAAAUCAGAUCUAUUGUUUGUUGUAAGUGAGUUAAUUGUUGGAACUGGUUACAGUUUUGUGGAGGACACAAAGUUGUUUGUGAAAAAUGAUUUAGAAGUUGCAGAUGAUUUUACCACAUUGUUGAAGAAGCUCUUUAAUGGAGAUGAGACUCUUCAAAAGAGUCCUCUUUUCAUUGUUGCUGAAUCUUAUGGAGGAAAAUUUGAUGUUACUUUUGCUUUAUCAGCUCUGAAAGCCAUUGAAGCUGGGAAAUUGAAACUUAAAUUUGGAGGUAAAAAUCUUCAAUUCUCAUAACCAAUCUUUACAAUUAAUCAAUAAAUUUAUGUUGGGGUUUCAAAUUUCAAUAUAUGUAGGAGUUGCAUUGGGAGACAGUUGGAUAUCUCCUGCAAAUUUUGUGGUAAAAAAAUUAUGAUCUGAAUUUUCAAUUUCUUUUUGAUUUUACAACUAUGGGAAUCAAGUCAUUUCAAUGUUUGAUUUUACAGUUUUCAUG